GAACCCUGCGCCGCGCCCUGCUCAUGCCGCCGCGGCCUGCUGGACUGCAGCCGGCAGCGCCUGCCCGGCGGGCCGGGCCCGCGGAGGAUUCCGCCGCUGCCCGCCGGCACCACGGGGCUGUGAGUGAGCGCUGCGGAGCCGGGCGGGCGGUGGACUGCGCGCAGGCCGCGGCCUGGCGGGGCGGGGGGCGCGGUGCGAGGCCCGGGCUGAACGGCUGGCAGGGCUCGGGGCUCGGUGUCCUUCCUUAUCUCUGUCACUCACUGACAGGAGGGUGCAGCCAGGUGGGGGUCGGGCUCUCUUCCCAGGGAACAAGCGAUAAGACAAGCCGGUAUAGUCUUGAGCUAUGCCAGGAGAGGUUCAGGUUCGGCGUCUGGAGGAAUUUCUUCACAGAAAGGGUUAUUGGGCAUGGGAAGGGGCUGCCUAGGGAGGUGGUGGAUUCCCUGGCAGCGUUUAAGGAACGACUGGACGUGGCACUCGGUGCUGUGAUUGACAAGGUUGUGUUUGGUCAUAGGUUGGACUCAAUGAUCUUGGAGGUCUUUUCCAACGCAGUUGAUUCUGUGAUUUUGUCCGCGGGAUGUUCUCACGGAGCCCGGAGCGCUGCGGGCAGAGCGGCCCCGGCAGUGGUGCCCCAGGGUGGGAGGCAGCCCUGCAGGUGGGGUCUCACCUGAGCGGGGCAGAAUCGCCCCCUCCUUUGCUGCUCAUGCUGGGGGAUCAGCCCAGGGCUCAGGGAGGUGUUCUGGGCUGCAGAUGCACGUUUCUGUUGAGCUUCUCAUCCACCAACAGCCCUAAGUCCUCCAAGAGCUGGUCUCAAUCCAUUCUGUGUCUAUCCUCUGUUGUGGCUUUUAGGAUUUUGGCACAUGAAGCAUGGGUGAUGUUUUUUCUUCACUAGGACUGCUCUAGCAAUUCUGAAUUUAAAUGAGCUAUAAUAUAUACCAGCUGUUUUAAAUUAAUCAAAGCCUAAUUUUUUUCACAUGAUGAAGUCCCUGAUGUGCUUUUCUCUAUUAGUUCUGUCAUACCAUUUCAAAUAGCACUGAGGACUAAAAACUGCGUUUUCCUAAUUCUCAAAUUAAUUGCAGGUGGUGCUUCCAGUGUGUGUGUGUGUGUGGGUUGGUUUUAUUUUCACUUUUUGUUUUUAAUAAAAGCCAGCAGAGCAGAACUUGGUUUUCAUUAUGGAAGUACUCAGGCUACUAACUUCAUUUUUCCUCUGAAGUUAUAUAUAUUUUGUGGCUAACCUGGUGGGUGAUGAAAAGCAUUGUGAAGUUGGGGAGUUAGGACAUUUUUUUUUAUAUGUCUGCCUCCUAAGGUUAGUUUCUUUAGAGCAAGGAAUGCCAGCCCUGUGCAUAGGGGCAGAGAGAAGCACAAUGCUAGUGGUCGCUUCCCCUAGUGCCAUAGUGGUAGGUGUGUGUAUAUAUCCUGGUAACCAGAGAGACGAUGAACAGAAGUAGUUCAGGUAUCAGUUAAUUAGUUUAGCAAGUUCUGUUCACAGUAGAUUUUUUUGGGUGAGGUCAACUGGCUGCCUGCAUUCUACAUCAAUACCUCUACAGUGCCACAGUAUUCUCAGCUUGGCUGAAUUAAGAUCAUUCUUUAUCAUCCAUAAUCCAUUUGGUAUGUGUUCUGUUUUAUUUACUUAAGAAAUGAGUACCACUUAAGCUCAGAAUGAAUGUUUGGAUGAUGUUAUAUACAAUACCAGAUGAAUCUCUAAAAUACAAAUUUUGCACGUCUGCUCUGUAUUCUGCCCAGCUUGGACCUCCCAGUUACAAAGGCUGCUUAAAGGAUAGGUUUUUUGGUUUUGGCUUUUCCAGAACAAGGGAAUCGUGUCUGGUUCUCCAGAAGAACAGGAAUCUUAGCUGUGUGAUUGAAUGAUCCCUAAACACAGAAAAUCAGCCAAUGUGUUUCAUUCUGUAUUUUGUGAUAAGUUGGUCUGUUUGAACAAGAAAAGCAUCAGUAACAGAACGUAGAUAUAAAUAAUGUCAAAGUCACUUUAAAUAUCAACUCUACCCAACUUCUUGAAAGAGGACUUAUUGUAAUGAAAACUUUGUUGUAGUCCAAAUCUGAGUAAUAAUACAAAAAUAAUUCUCUGUGUUUUCUGAAUUAAAAUCUUAAUUUCUAACUCAGUAAUUAGACAGUAGGCUUCUGGGAGGGAUAGCUGGAUGUUAGCCCAUCCUCAUCACCCAGGCCCCAUGGCUGUCAGUGUUUAGGAGGAAUUUGGAGGAAUUCAGUGUCCUGAAUAAUUUUAACUUUUGGUCAGUCCUAAAGUAGUCAGGCAGGUAAGCUAGAAGGUUGUUGAAGGCUCCCUACCCAGCUAACAUAGUCUCUUAUAGUCUUCCUGAAAGCCUUAGAAAAAACAAGUUUCAAUUUUCUAUAUAUAUUAAUCUUGCUUCCAAGAUCUGUGUCAGUGUCCGCUAGCUGUGCCUGACACACAGGUUGGUCUGGCUCAGAACCCAUGGCCUGGUUUUGCUCAUUAGUGGAGUAUCUGCACACCUUGAGGGGUACAUUGUUACCUUCCAUGUCCAUUAUCUCCUUCCUCCAUCUGUUGUGCACCAGUUCUUCGGAAACAUCAUGGCUUAGUACUUUCUGCUCUGGUUAAAUACACUGCUCCAAGAUUAGACUGCCAGCACUGGCUGGGUGCCUGCAUGAUUGAAAAAUUCAGGAAAGUCUACUGCUGGGAUUUGGGAUCAUAUCUCCCUCCACCUGUCUGUGCCAGCCUCCUGUGGAUGCCCAGAAGCUGGGGCUGAGCGGGGUUCAGGGGAAUGUGGGCAGCUGGAGAGAGUGUCUUGAACAGUCAGCCCCCUGAGGUGGGAAGCCUGCUGAGAGGCAGCUCAUGAUUCGUUGUUUCUGUGUUUUUUCUAGUGUUUAGGGCUGGCUUAAUUACCACAAGUAUUGAGAAAGCAGAGCUGCAGGACAGUUCUGCAGCUGGCUGCAGUUCUCCUCUCCGGUUCUCUUGAUUUUUUUUUUGUUUGUUUGUUUCCAAACACUGCUUCAUCGGUAUAAUUUGCAUCUUGGUGUAAUUAAAAGAAUACAUUAACAACUGCCUGACUUGCCAUGACACCCAGGAUUUUAAUAAUUCAGCUGAAUCUUUACACUGAACCUGAGUGAAAGUUAACAACUAUAACUAUACUGUAGUCUGUCAAUUGUCAGUCCAUAUUGUCUUUUAGUAGAUUGUGGUCUUACAGAUCAAAAAUAGUCUGCCAGAGCUCAGGGAGUUUUUGGACAAUGCUCUCAGGAAUGUGUUGGAAUUUUGGGGUUGACCUGUUCUGGGCCAGGAAUUGGAGUUAAUGAUUUUAUAGGAUCAAGUUUGGCCCUUGGUCUAUUUGGAGUCAAGUACAGGCCCAAAGCUAUUGCAGGAAUAGAGGAGUGUGUUGAUGCUGUGGCUUGUCCAAACCUGGUUGUCAAUGGAAAUAUUUUGAAUUAUACUCAUUUACAUUUUAAUAUUCAUUUUAACAGAUAAAUACAGUUUUGGUUGCAAAGUGUGAUUUUGUCUCCUGCGUCAGCAUAGCUGCUGCCUGCCUGAUAAUCUUAAGACUGUGAUAAAUGCAUGCAAUGCUACUGCUGUAAUGAUGAGAGGAUCAGUGAUACAGGACCUUACCAGAAGAGCUCAUAGGGAGUGGAACAGCUUUGCUGAAAACAGCUUGUUAUAGAUUCCUUGUUACAGCUCUCAGUUGGAAAUGGGGAGGGAAGAAUGAUGCCUUGCUGCUAGGCUAGAGCAACUAGCUGGCAUAGAACAUUCUGAGCUAGAAGAAACCCAAAAGAAUCAUUGAGUCCAACUCCUGGCCCUGUGUAGGACACCCCAAAAUUCCACCCUCUGCCCAAGAGCAUUGUCCAAAUGCUCCUUGCACUCUGGCAGCCUUGGAGCCCUGACCACUAACCUGGGGAGCCUGUUCAGUGCCCAGCCAGUCUCUGGGGGAAGAACCUUUUCCUGACAGCCAACCUAACCCUUUUCUGAUACAGCUCCAGCUGUUCCCCUGGGUCUUGUCAUGCUCAGAGAGAGGAGAUAUCAGAGCUGCCCCUUGGGAGGAAGCUGUAGACCCUGGGAUUUAAGUCAUAAUCAUUUAUUAUCAUCCAAUUGGAGCAUUGAUUUGUCUGUCCCUACUCUCCAAGAAGUGAAAAUGAAUUACAAUGAGCUGAGUGAAAUUCCAUAUUUUGGAGAAACAACUUCCAAUAUAACUCUUCUCUCAUUGGUACACAAUACCAUUCCAGAAAUAAAUGCUGAGCAUCUCCAGGUCUACCUUUCAUUGGAAAAUCUAGAUCUUAGUUCUAAUCUUAUCUCAGAAAUUAAAGCCUCUUCCUUUCCACGAAUGCAGCUGAAGUACCUGAAUCUGAGUAACAACAGAAUAACUACUCUAGAAGCAGGUUGCCUUGAUAACUUAUCUAGCUCACUAAUGGUGAUAAAACUGAACAGAAAUAGGAUUAGUAUGAUUCCACCAAAGAUCUUCAGAUUGCCUCAUGUGCAGUUUCUGGAACUGAAAAGGAACCGGAUUAAAAUAGUGGAAAGUCUUACAUUCCAAGGAUUGGAAUCCUUAAAGUCCUUGAAAAUGCAGCGCAAUGGGAUUAGCAGACUAAUGGAUGGAGCAUUCUUUGGCCUGGGUAAUAUAGAGGAAUUGGAACUGGAACAUAAUAACUUAACAGAAGUAAACAAGGGCUGGCUGUAUGGGCUGCGGACAUUGCAACAACUCUAUGUUAGCCAGAAUGCCAUCACCAGGAUCAGCCCAGAUGCAUGGGAAUUCUGCCAAAGACUUGCUGAGCUAGACUUGUCAUACAAUCAACUCACUCGCCUCAAGGAGUCUGCCUUUGUGGGACUUGGUUUAUUGGAGAAGCUAAACCUGGGUGACAAUCGCAUUAAUCACAUUGCUGAUGGUGUCUUUAGAGGUCUGACAAAUCUUCAAACCUUGGACUUGAGGAACAAUGAGAUCUCCUGGGCCAUAGAAGAUGCAAAUGAAGCUUUUGUGGGACUCAGCAGGCUGGAUAAACUAAUCUUGCAGGGAAACCAGAUUAAGUCAAUUACCAAAAAAGCAUUCUCUGGUCUCGAAGGACUUGAACAUCUAGAUUUAAGCAACAAUGCAAUAAUGUCCAUCCAAGAAAAUGCCUUUGCCCUGGCUCACCUGAAGGAGCUAGUGUUGAACACAAGCAGUUUGCUUUGUGAUUGCCAGUUGAAAUGGCUGCCCCAGUGGCUGAGUGAGAGCCAUUUGCUGCAGUCUGUCAGUGUCAGCUGUGCUCACCCUGAGUGGUUGGCAGGACAAAGCCUUCUCAGUGUGGACCCUGAUGACUUUGUUUGUGAUAAUUUCCCUAAACCACAGAUAAGAGUCCACCCAGAGACCACAGUGGCCUUGCGAGGCACAAAUGUGACCCUGAUGUGCACUGCUGUGAGCAGCAGUGAUUCACCCAUGGCCACGGCCUGGCGCAAAGACAGUGAGGUCCUCUAUGAUGCUGACAUUGAGAAUUUUGCCAGGUACCAGCAGCAAAGUGGGGAGGUGCUGGAAUACACCACUGUCCUGCACCUCUUGAAUGUGAAUUUCACUGAUGAAGGGAAAUACCAGUGCAUUGUCACCAAUCACUUUGGCUCCAAUUACUCCAACAAAGCCAAGUUGACUGUUAAUGAGCUCCCUUCUUUCCUGAAAACUCCCAUGGAUCUCACUAUCCGCACCGGGGCAAUGGCCCGGCUGGAGUGUGCUGCCGAGGGCCAUCCCCCCCCACAAAUCUCCUGGCAGAAAGAUGGUGGCACAGACUUCCCUGCUGCAAGAGAGAGGAGGAUGCAUGUCAUGCCUGAGGACGAUGUGUUCUUCAUUGCAAAUGUGAAGAUGGAAGACAUGGGGAUCUACAGCUGCAUGGCCCAGAACAUCGCUGGGGGACUCUCAGCCAAUGCUACCCUGACUGUGCUGGAAACUCCUUCUUUCGUGAGGCCCCUGGAGGACAGGACAGUGACCCGAGGUGAAACUGCUGUCCUGCAGUGCAUAGCUGGUGGCAGUCCUGCCCCUCGCCUCAACUGGACCAAGGAUGAUGGUCCCUUGACAGUCACCGAGCGGCAUUUCUUCGCGGCAGCAAAUCAGCUCCUCAUCAUAGUGGAUGCGGGGCUGGAGGAUGCUGGGAAGUACACGUGCAUCAUGUCCAACACACUAGGCACUGAGCGUGGCCAUAUUUAUCUAAAUGUCCUGGCUUCCCCCAACUGUGAUUCUUCCCAGAGUGCCAUUGUCCAUGAAGAGGAUGGCUGGACAACAGUAGGGAUCGUGAUUAUCGUUGUUGUGUGUUGUGUGGUGGGAACAUCCUUGGUGUGGGUUAUCGUCAUCUACCACAUGAGGAGAAAGAAUGAAGACUACAGCAUCACUAACACAGAGGAGAUGAACCUACCUGCUGACAUUCCCAGCUACCUGUCCUCCCAAGGAACACUGUCUGAGCCUCAGGAAGGCUACAGUAACUUGGAGGCAGGGAGCCAUCAGCAGCUGAUGCCUCCAGCUGGCAGCUACAUGCACAAAGGCACAGAUGGUAGUGCAGCACCAUUAGUGAUCUGCUCAGAUUGCUAUGACAAUGCCAACAUCUACUCCCGGACCCGAGAGUACUGUCCCUAUGCCUUCAUCACUGAGGAGGACCCCCUGGAUCAAACACUCCCAAAUCUCAUGGUGCAGAUGUCCAAGGAAACGUAUACAGCACGCACCCAGAAUGAAACCAGUGCUCUGGGUAAUCUCUUAGCAGACAGAGAUGUGCCUGUCUUCCUUACCAACCAUGACAAAAAAAGUGAUAAGAAAAUCUCUUCCCAGCAGAUUAUUGAGCCCUUCCAGGUUCCUCUGUGGGGAGGCAGCAAAGACCUGGCUUGCUCUCACCCCCAAUUCCUGCACCAUCCGUUGGCCCACGAGGCCCCACAGCUGCUCCGGGGUGACGGUAUCGCCAGCAGAGACCGGGACCAGGCAUCGCCCAGACCCUGCCAUAGGCUACAGGAGGAGAAUUUUGAUUUUAACAGGACACAGAACAUUCAUGACCACAGUGAAACCACAUAAAACACUCAAAAAGCUUUGAAAGCAAAUCCACAUUGACUGACUGUAUUUACUACCUCAGUACCAACCCCAAGGCCAAAGAUGCUUGUUUAUGUGUCUGUAAGUAUUAAAGAGUCAGACUCUCUUGAAGGAGAUGGUACAUGGCCUUUUUUCUGCAAUUUUUCCAUUGGACAAUGGGACUGUGCACCGGAGAACACAUGGAAAAUUAGUGCCAUCUACAAAAAUAGCGUUAAAACACGGAUUGUGUGAUGCUGGAAGCAGUCUUUGUGGUGGUGCAUGUUUUGGAAAGCUCUCAAGAACGUGUGUAGCUAUUUCACAGGGCUUUGUCUGCUUGGAAACAAGCCAUCAGGGCCUCCUCACGGAAUUCCCCCAGAACUGUAAGCAUAAAACUCUUGGCCAGCUUUUCCUUCCUUACACUGUUAGUAGGUAUCUGUUGGCAGUCUAAAUUUGGGGCUUGUUUUCUUCUAUGAAUAAUGGACUCUAGUUGUAAAUAAACUCACAUUUAUAAAUAUUUUGUAUACACUAAGCAUAUAAAUGUGUUGACUGUAAUGUAAAUUAUUUUUUAUUAUGCCAAAGUAUGUAUCAUACUGUUAGUCUUGACAGCUGCAUAUCAAGCCAUAUGAGGAGCUUGGGGGAACUGAAAGCUUGUUUGUGAGGGAACAGAGCUGUCUUUGUUUUGAAAAGUGCAUUUACAUAUAGACAUGUGGUAGAACUGUGAUAUUGAUGAAUUUCAUUGUUGCCUACAACUGUGUGCCUGGCUGACCUAGCUGCAAGCUGAUCCAUUUCAUGAUAGUAGCAGAAUUUCAAGGUUUAUCUAAGCUUUUAUCUAUAAAAAAACUCCUUUGUAUUGUAUCUGCUGAGAGGGUCUCCAUAUGUUUCCUAGCUGACAGUUAAGUGAACUUUUAAAAAUAAUGUGGUGAUGAAAAGCAUGAGGUAAAUUGAGAGAGCACUUGAUGAAUACUUAUUUCUUCUGCAUAGCCAAAGGCAUAUGGAGUUUAAAACACUGUUCCUUUUCUGUUGUAAAAUAUCAGGCUACAUUGUUGAACUAAUAGUUCCCUUAAAUCUUAAGUGUGGUCAAAAUGUUUAAAUAUUUGACAGGUGAGAAAUGAUACAAUGCAGGGAACUCCUCACUACUGAAAAAUCUUGCUGACACAGAGGAAGCUCAGACUCCAUAGUUUCAGUGAGAUGUGCCUGAGAAAAUGGGAAAGAACAAUGACAUUAUAAAGGCUUUCUAGGAAGUUGUUCUUUUUGGGGGAAUAUGUCCCUUUUUGUAGAAGGUGUUAAAAGACUCCUCAGGGAUGGGUUUUCAGUGGGUACAUUGUGCUCUGUGGUCACGCCUUUAGAGUGAGGUGCUUCCCUCCUGGUCACUGCUGCCUGCUUUGGAGCUGUAGGAUUUGUACCCAAAUAAAACCAUCUGUGUGAUAUUUUUAUAAAGACAGAAACCCCUUUUUGGCCCGGCUCAGUUAUAGGUAUGUGGCAGUUCCCAUUGAUCCAUUCCUGGACUGAAGGGUUUGUGACUCAAUUGUCAGGUCUGGUUGUACAGAAUCACAGCUGAAUUUAGAGACUGUGGUGAAGUAUUUGAGUUAAUGAGUGGGGAAACACUGGGACUAAUGAUGCUUUUUCCAUGGCUCUUUGGCUAGGAAUAAUAGUCAAAUCAUUGCAAAUGAGUAAUAUUUUUAAGGCCUCUUCCCGUGCUCUCAAAGCCAGCAUGGCUGCUUUGGUAGACAGCAGCUUUAGUGGGAAGGGGAUGCAAUUGUCCUUGACCUGUGGGUAACUAGAGAGAAACACAGGUGUGUAAAUUUUGGGAUUUUGACAGGUGAAAGCUUUAAAAAAAAAACCCAAACCAAGAACAUUUCUUUCUGGUUUUAUUUCCUCCAGACUUUUCCUUCCCAGAUGGCAUUUAAGGCACAGUGCUUAUUCUGAAUCCAAAGUGAUCCCUGCUGCAGGGAUCCAGCACUGUCAGUUUAAAUCCAGAUGAAAAAGGUCAUGCCAUGAAACUACAGCAGCAGCAAAGCCUUAUCAUUUUGGGCUGCUCUCUCAGCCAGUUCUCACUCAGGCUACUGGGACAAGGUGCUGCUGGCAUCUGUGAUUCCCAGCAGUGGGAAAACCACAUCCCUGCUGCUCUCUCAUUGCCAUUUGGCAAAUGCUUGUUCCUAUUUCUUUCACUCCUCUCUCGCUUCAUAGGAGCUGAGCUCACGGAGAUCUGUCACAGUACAUCUGGCAUUGUCCAGACCCUGAGAGUACUUGGGGUACAACGCCCUGGAGCAAGGGAAUUCCCUUUAGGUAGGUGAGACCUGCUUGGCCUGGGCCAGGGCUUUAAAAUUACUGCUGUGUGCACCAGGACUAUGCUAGCUGUCAGAGGGUGCAGCUAAAGCUGCUCUGAUUUCUGUGAGAGAGUAGCCUAUAAAAGCUGAAUCCUGAAUUAAGACAUUUACAUCCUUUCAUAAGCAUUUAAAGUCCAUAAGCUGGUUGUAAAUAGCUGAUGCUUGUAAGUAGGUGACACUUUGCUGCACUGUGGAAAAACUUCUUUGGUAGACUUGGAAGAGAAAAUCAUGUGUGUCUUGUUUCCCCUUUGCAGAGGGACAGAGUGGCCUUUCUUUUGUUAGUAAAAACGAGCAAUUGCCUCAAUCAAUGCCAAAGCACUACCGGUACAGAAACUGAGAGGGGUCAGAAGCAGCAAGAGCAAAGCUGCUUCUGUUCCCUCUUGCUAGUUCCUAUUGUCUAUUUAUAUUUUUUUCACAGCAGAAUGUAUAUUUUGUAUAGCAUAUGUAAUAUGUAAUAUAUGUUUGUCCAUUGUAACAUAUGUUCAAACAAUAAAAUGCUGUAUACAUUGA